CCUUCUUCUCCUCCACUCCAGCGUCUCACCCACCCUCGAUCGCACGCCCACCGCCCCUCCCCCUCUUGACCAUCCUCCUCCCUCUUGACCGUCCCAACCACCAGCACAAAACAAACAUCAAAUAUUAUAGAAUUGCUUCUCUUCCUUCUCCCAUCUUCAUCGAUUAGUUCCUUCAAUCGUUACUGGCUCAACUUUCUAUCUUUAUUUCUUAAUUCCAGCUUGAUUUCUUCCUUCGAUAUAGAUAAGAGACUUCAUCAAAUCAAAAAUGACUGAGAACACUAACGGCGACGGUCCUUCGACUUCCGCCCUCCUCCAAUCCCUCUAUUCGGCUCCUGAUGCUCCUAGUUGCACCGUUGCCGCUCGCGCAUUGGCUAAUCACAUUCAAUCCACCGGCAUUCACAUCCUGGCUAUCGAUGCCAUCACCGAUGAUCUGAUUCGUGCUUCCCGCUCCAAGCUUGGCUCUGAACGUGAGAGCUCGAUGAUCGCAAUCGAAGAAAUCUGUCGGACCGUCGGUGCUGGAGGUGGUGUGGAGCCCUAUCUCUUGCCACUUCUGCCGAUCAUCUUGGAACGCUACCCUGAAACUGGAAAGGCCGAGGUCGUCGGUAAGGCUGCAGAGAAAGCUGCCAAACAGUUGAUCAAGUUAUCUCAACCGGAGGGAGUUCCUAGGUUCAUCAAGGUACUCUUCGAUAUCCUAUCCACCUCGAGUGUCAAGUGGAAGACCAAAGCAGGUGCACUCGACCUCUUCGCCAGUCUGGUUAAGAUUGGACCCGAUCAAGUCGCCGAACGACUGGGUGAAAUCAUCCCACCACUCACUCAAGAGAUGAGAGAUACUAAACCUGAAGUUAGUGCUGCCGGCCAUAAGGCUGCUAUGGCCGUCUGUGGAGUACUCUCAAACUUGGACGUCUUACCAUUUGUGCCGGUCUUGGUCAACUGUAUGGCUCGACCUGACACCGUACCCGAGGCCAUCAAACAGCUCUCGGCUAACGUUUGGGUCAGAGAUGUCGACGGUCCGACUCUCGCGGUCUUGGUUCCCCUACUCCAACGAGCACUCUCUGAGAGAAGCUCCAUCGUCCAACGACAAACCGUCAUCCUGGUCGGGAACUUGUUCAAGCUCGUCCGAUCUCCCGAUCUUGCCCAUCUUCACUUGAAGAAUCUCUUCCCGGGUGUCAAUCGAAUCGCUGAGACUGCCUCGUUCCCCGAAGUUCGUGAAUUCGCUCUCCAAGCCGUCAAUACACUCAUCCUAUCCUCUGGUGCCGAUGAGUCUACAGUUGCCGCACUCAAAAACUCUGCCCAAGCUAGUACCGGUCCUAGUCCGAUUCCCUCUACACCUGGCACACCCUCCGUGAAACUGACGGAUGAAGACGAGAUCUUGGCUCAGCGAUCUCUCAAAUCCUUAAUCGGGAAGAUGGCUCAUGUUACCGUGAACCCGUUCAUCGAAACCUCAAUCUCUUAUCAAGCUGGCUCUAUCGCCAGCCUGGUUCGCAAGCGUGACUUUGAAGAAGCCCAGUGGACUCGAUACACCGUGCCUUACCUGUCCCGUUUCAUGCCUGCCGAAGACGCCGAGAAAAUCGCCAAGGAGAACUUGAAAAGAUGGCUGGAAAUUGACAAGGAGCGUUACUACAAGGCUGCCGGCGAUGAUGAUGAUGACCCAACUGAGAAAAUUGUCAACUUGACGUUUUCCUUGGCUUAUGGAGGUCUGUUAUUACUCAACCAUACGGUCCUCCAACUUCGUCGUGGUUGGCGUUAUGGUGUUUGUGGUGCUAACGGUUGUGGUAAAAGUACUCUCUUGAAAGCCAUCAACCGACACCAAAUCGAAAACUUCCCUGAAAGUGUGUCAACCUUUUAUGUUGAGCACGACAUCGAUGGGGAAGAUGCGGAUGUUACCUGCCUACAGUUUUUGAUUGCCGACAAGUUUGUUAAGGCAAAGAAUUUGACUCAAGACCAGAUUUCCGAGCGAAUGAGAGAGUUCGGAUUUGAUGACGCACGCCAGGCAUGCAAAGUCCAAUCACUCUCCGGAGGUUGGAAGAUGAGGUUAGCGUUGGCAAGAGCAAUGUUGUGUGAGGCCGACCUGCUACUAUUGGAUGAACCCACCAAUCACUUGGAUCGAGCAUCGAUUGAAUGGCUUCAAGAUUACCUCAAGGCCCAAACUAAAGUCACCAUCUUGACCGUGUCACACGACUCUGGUUUCCUCGACUCGAUUUGUACGGACAUCAUUCAUUAUCAAAAUAAACAGCUAGUCUACUAUCGUGGUAAUCUCUCCAAGUUCGUUGAGAAAUAUCCCGCUGCUCGAAGUUACUAUACUCUGUCAGCUUCUUUGGUCAAGUUUGUCUUCCCCCCACCUGGUGCACUCAUGGGAGUUAGGUCUCAAACGCGUGCGAUUCUGAAGGCUACCAAUGUCACAUUCACUUAUCCAGGGGCCCCAAAACCAAGUUUGAUGAAUGCCUCGUGUGCCGUCACUCUCUCCUCACGAGUCGGAGUGGUCGGGCCCAAUGGGGCUGGUAAAUCGACACUCAUCAAACUCUUGACUGGUGAAACGGUGCCUGACACCGGUAAAAUCGAAAAACAUCCCAACUUGCGUGUGGCGUAUGUCGCCCAACACGCAUUCCAUAACAUCGGUGCUCAUUUGGAAAAGACUGCUGUCCAGUAUAUCGCUUGGCGAUACCAAGACGGCCAUGACCGUGAGCAAGCCAUGAAAGCUUCUCGAGUGUUGUCUGAGGAAGAAAAGAAGCAAAUGGAGGUGCCGAUCGAAGGGAAAAACGGAGAGAAACGCAAGUUGGAAAUGAUUAUUGGGCGACAGAAGCUCAAGAAGUCGUUCCAAUACGAAGUCAAAUGGAAGAACCUUGACCAUCGCCACAACACGUGGCUUCCGAGAGAGAAAUUGAUGGAAGCUGGGUUCGGCAAAUUGGUACAAGAGCACGAUGAUCUAGAAGCCUCCAGGGAGGGAUCUGGUAGCAGGGACCUAUCAUUCAAAGUCAUCCGACAACACUUGAUCGAUGUUGGCUUGGAUGGUGACAUUGCCGAGUACAAUGAAUUGAAGGGAUUGAGUGGAGGUCAGAAGGUUAAGGUUGUCAUCGCAGCUGCUCUCUGGAGUAAGCCGCAAGUAUUAAUCCUAGAUGAACCGACCAACUUCUUGGACAGAGACGCGUUGGGAGGAUUAGCGGUAGCCAUCCGAGACUGGGCAGGAGCGUUUGUGUGUAUCUCGCACAACGAAGAGUUUGUCGGAGCGUUAUGUCCGGAGAUCUGGAAUGUAGAUGGUGGAAAGUUAGUUCACAAGGGCAAAGCGGCGGUUGUUGAAGGGGAUGCAUUUGAGGACGGGAAGCGAUUGGGCAGCGGGUUGAAUAGCAAGAAGGGCACGCCGUCUGGAAGCAAAUCAGCUACCCCUCUCCCUAGCGCUACCAACUCUGAUAACGAAACUGGCUCCCCUGCCGACCCCAGCAUGCCAAUCGUUAAGAAAAAGAAGCUCACUCGAAAACAGCUCAAGGAUCGUGAAGAACGUAGACGAAUGAGGAAGUUGAAAUGGCUCUCCGAUUCUACUGGUGCUCCUCGUGAGCCGGAUACUGAUACUGAGGACGAGCAUUGAGUGUGAUUUCUUCUCCCAAGAUCAAUCUAAUCAAUUUUGGUUUUAGUUUUGGUCAGCUUUCUUUUUCCAUCUAUCUUAGAUACACUUUGUAUGAGAUUUUUUCUUCUUCAAGCUUGGUUUGUUUUGUUUUGUUUUGAGGUGAGAAUAAUUGGAGCGCUGUUCUUAAGGUGAUGUUAGAUGGAUUUGUUUCUCUAAACAUACAUAAAACACAUACAUACAUAUACAUAGACACGAUCUCUCCUGUUCAUGAUUGUCUGUUUUCAUUUCUCAACCUUUGUUUUUCAUUUUUCUGAUAUAUAUACAUAUAGAGUGUCAUUUCUUGUCCACAACUUUCCUUUCCUUUUUUGGAAAUCAAUCAAUACAUGAGGAUGUUACAUGUCAUGGACACAUCAUAGAAUAUGAAUAUAUUGAUUGGUAGUCUAGUACUACAGGUUCUGGUUAUUAUUAUUACAAGUUUAUGAUGUUGAUCACUCAUCUUUGGGUCUUGUUGAUCCACAGAUAUCUGUUCAUCUGAUCUCUCUUAAUUGUCAAGUCCUCCUAGUCCUAUCAUCACACAUUUUUCUUUCUGGUUUCUUUGUUUUUUUUUCUCUUCCUUUAAAUACAUAUAUAAAGUCUCUCAAGAAUCAAGAAUUUAACUCAGUUAAAUAUUCCUUUAUAAUCAAACUUCACACAAGCCCA